UCUAAAGAAAAGAAGAAGCGAGGAAGCUAAAACCAGAGCUAAGUUUUUAAGCCUUCGCUUUGCCAAGUUCCUCUUCCCUCACACGCCUUCGCUUUCAUCUGCCCUAUUCGCCAUGACGAAGCAGCACGCCAACUGGUCCCCUUACGACAACAAUGGCGGAUCGUGUGUUGCGAUUGCCGGUGCCGAUUAUUGCGUAAUCGCCGCCGAUACUCGGAUGUCUACGGGUUACAAUAUCCUUACUCGCGAUUACUCCAAAAUUUGCAAGCUGGCUGAUAAAGCUGUGAUGGCCUCUUCUGGUUUUCAAGCUGAUGUGAAAGCUCUACAAAAGGUUUUGGCGGCUAGGCAUUUGACCUACCAACAUCAGCACAACAAGCAAAUGAGCUGCCCUGCCAUGGCUCAACUACUCUCAAACACAUUGUACUACAAGCGAUUCUUUCCGUAUUAUGCUUUUAACGUUUUGGGCGGACUUGAUAAUGAAGGAAAGGGCUGUGUGUUCACCUAUGAUGCUGUUGGUUCUUAUGAGAGAGUCGGAUACAGCGCCCAGGGUUCUGGUUCCACCCUCAUUACUCCCUUUUUGGAUAACCAGCUUAAGUCUCCCAGCCCUCUAUUAUUGCCUGCACAGGAUGCUGCAACGCCACUUUCAGAAGCCGAAGCAAUUGACCUGGUGAAAACCGUUUUUGCAUCUGCAACUGAGAGGGAUAUCUACACUGGCGACAAACUCGAAAUCGUUGUUCUUAAUGCUGAUGGUCUUCGUCGUGAAUACAUGGAUCUCCGAAAAGAUUAGUUUGAUGCUGGCUUGAUAGAUCCGAUGUUGCUUCAACCGUAUGAACUGCGCCACGGGCGGUACUUGUCCCAGAGACUAUUGCAUUGUGAUAUUUACGGAUGGUUAAGUUUUAGUUUUCUCUGUAAUAUGAACUCCAUUUCCAAAUUAAAAUCUCUGUUGUGAACAUGGGAUUGUACUGAAAUCUACAUGGCUGAUGUUGAUCGAUCUCCCUUUUACUGCUA